UCCCGGCGCAGGCAGCGGUGGCGGCAGUACUUCUCACGGUGGAGCGUGGAGGGGGGUGGUGCUGAGCUUUUGUGCUGAGCUGGGUCUUAAUAUCUCACGACAUGUAUUUCCUUGGAUUAUUAUCUUUGCUUGUUCUGCCAAGUAAAGCCUUCAAGACAAAUUUUCCUGAUGAAACUAUUGCUGAGCUUUCUGUGAAUGUUUACAAUCAGCUACGAGCUGCAAGAGAAGAUGAGAAUAUUCUUUUCUGUCCCCUGAGCAUUGCAAUAGCCAUGGGAAUGAUAGAGCUUGGAGCCCAUGGAACCACCUUGAAAGAAAUUCGACAUACGUUGGGUUUUGACAGCUUAAAAAAUGGUGAGGAGUUUGCCUUUCUGAAGGACCUGUCUGAUAUGGCAACUACGGAAGAAAGUCAUUACGUUUUGAAUAUGGCUAACUCUCUCUAUGUUCAAAAUGGAUUCCAUGUUAGUGAAAAAUUUUUGCAGUUGGUGAAAAAAUACUUUAAAGCUCAAGUAGAGAAUAUAGAUUUCAGCCAGAGUGCAGCUGUAGCUACCCACAUCAAUAAGUGGGUAGAGAAUCAUACCAACAAUAUGAUCAAAGAUUUUGUGUCAUCAAGAGACUUUGGUGUUCUAACUCACUUGGUUCUCAUCAACGCAAUCUACUUUAAAGGCAAUUGGAAAUCACAGUUCAGACCUGAAAAUACAAGAACUUUUUCUUUCACUAAGGAUGAUGAAACUGAAGUGCAGAUUCCAAUGAUGUACCAGCAGGGAGAGUUUUAUUAUGGAGAGUUCAGUGAUGGCUCUAAUGAAGCAGGUGGUAUCUACCAAGUUCUAGAAAUACCGUAUGAAGGAGAUGAAAUUAGUAUGAUGAUUGUUCUUACCAGACAAGAAGUUCCACUGGUCACAUUGGAGCCACUUGUCAAAGCCUCAUUGAUUAAUGAGUGGGCUAACUCAGUAAAAAAGCAAAAAGUUGAAGUAUAUUUACCAAGGUUCACAGUAGAGCAAGAAAUUGAUCUGAAAGACGUGUUGAAAGGUCUUGGAAUUACAGAAGUGUUCAGCCGUAAUGCCGACCUCACUGCGAUGUCUGAUAAUAAAGAACUCUACCUUGCAAAGGCAUUUCAUAAGGCUUUCCUAGAAGUUAACGAGGAAGGAUCAGAAGCUGCUGCUGCCUCAGGUAUGAUUGCCAUUAGCAGAAUGGCAGUACUGUAUCCCCAAGUUAUAGUUGAUCAUCCUUUUUUCUUCCUGGUCAGAAACAGAAGAACAGGUACUGUGUUAUUCAUGGGGAGGGUGAUGCACCCUGAAGCAAUGAAUACAAGUGGCCACGACUUUGAAGAGCUUUAACUACUGCCAGCUAUAAAAUGAGGGGAAAAAAAGCACAUCAAGUUUGAAUUUAAUAUAUUUAAGGUUUGCUGUGUCCCCCCCAAGAUAUUGUUUAAAAUGCUUUCAGAUCUAUGUGCAAGUCAGUUUCCAGAGAAGCUCACAGUAUUAAAAUAAUGGUUCUGUUUUUGUUAUUGUGAUUGCUGUGUCCUUGAAAUAAAAUUGUGUAUAUGUCAA